GAGGAGGAGGAGGAGGAGGAGGAGGAGGCGACGGCUGUCAUUUUUUUUUUUUCAUUUGUACCAACGGGCACGUUUCUCGGGAGCAAGCCCAGGCGGGUGUAACUGUCCUACAGGCUCCAUCAGCAGGCGUCUUAUCGGACAGCGUGUCCCGGUUUUUGGUUGAACUCCGGCGGUGACAGAGAGCGAAGACGGCUGGUUAUUUUUAGGAGAAGAUAUUUGAUUAAUGUCUCAUUUUUUGGUGCCUAUUUAAAGCAAGUUAAAAACCCGCGCUGCGCGUUUGGAUGAGUUUCUGCAGCCUGGACGUCAAAAACAUGUCAGUGAGUCAACAGCUGGAGUGGAAAACACACGACGGAUCUCGGUCAGCGUCCGCUCUCUCCUCAUGAGCUGACGUAUGGGCUUUAUUCAUCCGUCCAUUCAUUCAGUAAUUCAGCAGGAAACCGAGCAGGACAGAAUAAACCCACUGUACCGCCUCAUAUUUUGGCGCUGCUGCUGCUGCUGCAUGAGAGAGAGAGAUUGUCGAAGGAGGACAUCCUUCACCGGUCAACACAUCCAGCGAUGGAGUCCCCCCACGCAGGCUGUUAAUGGUUAACAGAUUAAUAAGGGAGCUGUUUUGGGGAAGUUGAGAAGAGAGGAGAGGAAGAGGAGAGAUAGAGAAGAGUGGUGGAUAACGCAGCUCGCCCUGCCUAACCCCGGGACUGAUAAACGGAUGAGAGGCGGAAUGUGGCAUCGCCGUUCCCCUCCGCUCUGACUGAGUGAGGCCAGUGUCGGGGACAACCGGUGGUCGCUAAAGCUCUGGUGUGUGUGUGCGCGCGCGCGUGUGUGUAUGCAUGUAUGAGGGUGGUGUUGGUGGUGUUGGUGGUGUUGGUAAAAACCGGUUUUUGAUGCGCGAGAAAGUGACGUGCCGCCCUCCCACCUUCCCGCCCUUUGCCACGAGCCUCUUGUCAACUCCACGGACGAGGCAGCCAAGUACUUCAUUUUCCGCUCCAUACUCCUAAAAUCACCACCUCUGUCUGUAUUGCUAUUUUUAAUGACAUUUUUGGUGAGUGCCUGUCUGUUGAAGCCCCUCACUCUGACUCUCCAAAUCUCGCGGGAUAUAAGGGAAAUAAAAGGGUGAAUCUGAAAAGAGAGGAGGAAAAGAGAUUAAGACAAACAGGAGCCGCCUAUAUGAAGAUGCUGAUGUGUGACCGCGGCGUCCAGAUGCUCGUGACGACGGUGGGCGCGUUCGCCGCCUUCAGCCUCAUGACCAUCGCCGUCGGUACCGACUACUGGCUGUACUCGCGCGGGGUCUGCCGCGUGAAGAGCAGCGGCGACAACGACACGAGCCGCAAGAACGAGGAGGUGAUGACGCACUCCGGCCUCUGGCGAACCUGCUGUCUGGAAGGAAACUUCAGAGGUGUAUGUAAGAAGAUUGAUCACUUCCCAGAGGACGCGGACUAUGAAGCAGAUGCUGCUGAAUACCUCCUCCGUGCUGUGCGUGCCUCCAGUAUCUUCCCCAUCAUGAGCGUGGGCCUGCUGUUCCUCGGGGGCCUCUGUGUGGCCGCUAGUGAGUUUUACCGGAGCCGACACAACGUCAUCCUCAGUGCAGGAAUCUUCUUUGUCUCUGCAGGUCUCAGUAACAUCAUAGGAAUUAUUGUCUAUAUCUCAGCCAACUCGGGUGACCCGGGCCAGAGUGACAGCAAAAAGUCCUACUCCUACGGCUGGUCCUUCUACUUCGGCGCCCUCUCCUUCAUCAUGGCAGAGAUGGUGGGCGUGCUGGCCGUGCACAUGUUCAUCGAGAAGCACCGCAAGCUACGGGCCAAGUCCCGCACCGAGCUCAUCAAAAAGUCCGCCUUCAGCCGCAUCCCUUCCUAUCGCUACCGCUUCCGGCGUCGCUCCAGCGUGCGUUCCUCCGAGGCCCCCAGCCGCGAUGCCUCACCGCUGGGUAAAGGUGGCUACACAGGGCCCGCUGCCUCCGAGAUGCCCAUGUACACGCUGAACCCCCGCGAGGCAGGCAACGCCGGCACCAAACCUGGCAGCGGCAUGGGCGGGCUGCUCAACUCAGAGAGGGAGUUCCUUCAGAGCAGCACGCUCACUAAAGACUACAGCAAGGACCCCAACCGCAGGACCACGCCUGUCUGAGAGGUGCUGGCUGCAGAUAUCGCCCAAUCAGAGUAUCAAAGAGAAGGAUGAUGAGAAAUACAGGGGGAAAGAAAACGCAGGGGACACACAGGGUUACAGGGGUGGGAGCGGGGUUUGAUAAACUUUGACUGUGAACUGUGAACUUUUAGCCUUUGAACUGUGAAUCCUGAGCCCUGUGAGAGUUUCGAUGUGUGUAGCAGGGUCGGAUUUGAUGGAGAAGUUGUUCCCAACUCCACUUUACCACAUAUCACUGUAGUUAUACCUGUAACUCCUUACAUAUGAAGGCACAUUCAAUUUAUGUUCAUGAGUUCAUAAAUUGACUCUCUGGCUUUUUUUCGAGGGGGAAACGGGAUUGACGGGAGUUUAAAAGCAUAUCGUAAGUGGUCUGCUGUUUGGGGCAACUUCUCCUACAUAAUGAAAAUAAUGUGAACUUUAAAGGAGAAGGGGAAAGAGGUGAGAUCUUUGACCUUUUGACCUCUGUCCUCCUGACCUUUUGGAUAGCAGUUGGAUUAGUGCAGGGAACAGCCUUAGAGCUCCGAGCUGUCUCUCUCAUGACCAUACUAUUUAAAAGUGCGGAAGUUAACACCUCAGGAACAGGAUCGAUUCAUUUUCAGUUCAGCUGGAUUCAAAACAUUCAUCGAAGAUGCAGUUUUGUCCGCUCAUGGCAGCACAUUUGUGGCACCAGUUAUUAUUUUCUACACAUAUUGUAUAUAUAUACUCCUUUCAUACUGAUUGAUGGAAAAGUUCACCUCAUCACUGACUGAACUGAAACUGAAUUGAGCUCAUUCCUGGUAACAUUUUCCCCCAUCUCUCUGAUCCCAGGUCAGCUGUUAAACCUGCGUUGUGGUUUUUUGAUGAAAGGGAACAAAUACACUGACUACAGAUCAGCCGUUAGGGGGGGAGAGGUGUGACUCAACAAAACUAAUGAAUCUCUUUUAGAUGGUAGAUCAUUGGUGCUUCCUUUUAACCCCCGUUUUUAGCCACACAAGUCAUCUCUUGAUUUAUUUUUUUCACCAAAAACUUAAAGAGAUGAUCGAAUAUUUGUCUGUCUGUCACCGUCACUUCUCACCUUCCACGUUUUCUCUGUGUAGCCCCAUAACUCACUUCACCGCCACCCUCUGCACACCUCCUCUCACCCUCUCUUUCUCUUUUAGGUCCUGUCUUCCGUCGGUGUCGCUCGUAGACUAGUUAGGGUUUCUGGAGGUCGUUGGUUCAGGGUGCUGUGGAGAGGAGACCGCUGAGCUGUGAACAUGCUUUAAGGCAGAGCCAAAAAGACAUUUAACAAAACAGAUGGACUUUUUUUUUUGUUUGCCCACUACCUCUUGGUGAAUAUAUUUCAGAUGAGUUUAAUAUAAAGUUGUCUUUUCUUGCCAGAACAAUUGUCGACGAUUUCAGCUGCAGAAAUAAACGCUGAGAAAAUGCUCCCUUCACUCUAAAGUUCACAUCUCUCUACUCCAGCAGAGGAGCUGCUGAAAUUGAAUUUGUAUGUGGCACACAAUUUAAAGAUAAAUAGAUGGAAUUGGCAGAAGUCCCAUGUAUUAUUCAGAGGAUUUGUGCUCCAUCCAUUCAGCUGUCACUCACGGCCUCUCCUCCUCUUUAUCUCCCUUACAUGUGCACAUACUGUAUACAACUACACAAACACAAGCCUACACACACACAUCUCCUGGCUGUGACAUGCACAGACAGUCACCGUCCUAUCAUAUUUCACCUGUACAGUUUUUACUGUGACAGAUUCUGGAGACACCUCAGUACAUUUACAUUUAUCUCCCUCAGACGUAUACAUAUAACAAUACUGAAGUUGGUGCACUCUCUGACACUCUCUGUAUAUUCUGUGCUGAUGCCCAGACACACCACACCGACAUCAAAGAACUAGUGGAGACAAAGGCCGAUUGUUGUGUUGCCUCCUGUCGCCUGGGUCUCGGCCAGAAAGAUGCACUUGAACACACUGUAAAGACGACAGCCAAAGGCCAACAAGCACAUACGUACAUUCUGCGCCUGUGGUGGCGAUAGCCUGUGUGUGUCAUUAAAAAAGGGAAACUGGAAGACAAAACAGGACAGAAUCAGGACACUAGUUAGCCAGUUAGCAUAUUAACAACACAACCUGAUGUUGACAGAACAAAGGAUAUUUACCGUGCGCUAGUGAACAACAACACAAACAAUUACAAAUCGUUUCCUCUAUAGAGCUCAGUGCCUAAAUUAAAAAAAAAUAACGUACCUAAUACAACAAGUUUGUUUUGAUCUUACGUCCUCUUGACUUUCUUU